AUGGUAUCUGUGAAACUGUUUGCUGUUGUGGUAACGGCAUCGAGCCUGUGGGCUGUUGAUGCUGGGAAGUGCAAACCACAUACAUCGUUUUUGACCUUAACAUCAGGGGCUUCAACUACCACGUCGCCCUCGUCCAGCUACUUCAAAUCAACUGAUGAUGAAGUGGAUGUCGCAUCUUCCACUGAGCAUCCGACCUCUACAGAUUCCGUCGAAACUAUGUCCUCUGGUAUGAGCGAUUCUUCAGCAACGACUUUGGAUCAGCCAACAACCUCAGCCUCAAGUCUUUCAGACCCUACAGCUACAACCGACUCGACAGUUUCUUCUGAUGAUAUUGUGAUCGAUGCCUCGAGCUUCUCGAGCAGUUUCACGAGUGAGAUUUUGGACGAUACUACAACAUUUGGACCUUCAACCACGACAACUGACACUAUCAAGAUUCUUACUGAUGCAACUACAUCGGCUGACACUGCUGUAUUAAGUGAUACUACUGCGCCGGCCGAUACUGGUGGUAUCAAUGCGUCAACUGGUAGUGAUGCUCCCCACGGAGCUACAGUCUCUACUGGACUUACCACGUCCAUUGAGAAAACUACAACCACCGAUACAGCCACGUCUGCCCAAUCAACUCCUGCUGAAAUUGUCGAUACCACCGAGACAAUAGUGGCAACCGAAACUACCGCCUCGAUGGACGUUACUACAACAGAAUUCACAACAAUUUCUGCCCUCGAUAGUGCAAGCACAAUGGAAAGCCUCUGGGCCUCUACCACUGCAGUCUCAUGUCCCGUCUAUUCAAAUCUCCUUGAUGACCCAAGCUUUGAGGGGGGAAAUACCGACACCAACAAAUGGGAAUAUUCAAGCCAGUCAAUUGUACCCUACCAAAAACAAAGUAGUACCUCUCAAGAAGUGCCCCGGGCUCAUACUGGUGAUCAGUUUGUGCUCAUUGGUACGGGGGUUGGGACUGAUAUGCAGAGGCGCGUGUCUCUGGAUAGUAACAAGAAGUAUCAAAUAUGGGUUACGUAUGCCGCCAUCUCUGAUCCCGACGAAGAUUGGGACUUCAGCUUUAUUAUUGGUACGACUGCCGGUAAGGCGUUUACGAAAAUGGUCAAUGUCCCCAAAGGCUCCCCUUUUGUGUAUAGGCAAGAAAGCACAAUAUUUCAAGGCCGGACAAACGACGGUAUUGCUACUUAUAUGAGAGCCAGCAUGGGUUCAAAACCACGAUCGGUUGCUAUUGACGACGUUUACGUGGCCGAGUAUGUGCCCUCUUGUGUUGUGCCCAUAGCAAAAACCGGACUAUGUGGCGGCAUCCGAGGGAACCCUGCCAGUGUCGCACAGCCGUACCGAACAGUCAAUCUCGAUCAAGGAAACGAGGAGAUAUGCGCACAGCUGUGUGCCAGGGAUGAGAGCUGUGUGACAUUCGGCUGGCAGGUGGAACCAAAUUUCAGAGCCUGUACUCUUUUCAAAUAUACCCAAGAUCAAUUAGGAAUUGCUAUCAGGGACAGAGGAAGGGUAUUCUAUGACCGGUCUUGUUGGCAAUGUACCGGCCUUGAGUGCUUGCCGUCUUGA